GGGACUUGGGAGUGUGUUGAUUAAUGAUUAGUAUGUUUUGAUCUUUCAGUGGCUUUUUGUCAAGUAUUAUCAUUUAUCAAUCUCAUGCAUAAAGUUUGAACGUUUAAUAAUAUAAUUUACCGAUGUAUUAUUUUAAUAAUAUUCUAAUUAAAAAAUGGGUGUUCUUAGAAAAACAUUGAAUUGGUAUGCUAAAUUAUCGCCUAGUCGAGGAAGAACAAAUCCACCAUAUGAACAUGUUACACAAAUAGGGGAUCCCACGUUACGUAAAAUUUCAGAAGACGUUCCUAUAGAUAAAAUAAGAUCACCUGAAAUUCAAAAAAUCAUCGCAAUUUUACAACAUGUUCUCAAACAUUAUGGUAGCGUUGGAAUGUCUGCACCGCAAAUAGGUAUUAAUAAAAGAAUAUUUGUUAUGAGACAUACAAUCAAGGAAAUAAAGUCUGAACUACCAGAAAUUAUAAAAAGUAGAUGCAUGUAUGAAAUACCUUUGACUGUCUAUGUUAACCCAAGGUUAAAAGUAUUAGAUUACGAAAAAGUAGUCCAUACUGAGGGAUGUGAGAGUAUACGAUCAUUUCAAGCUGAAGUAGCAAGAUAUAAAGCUGUAAAAAUCUCUGGCUAUAAUAGUGACGGGGAAGAAUCAUGCCAUUCAUACCAUGGCUGGCCAGCAAGAAUUGUACAACAUGAAAUGGAUCACUUGGAUGGCAAACUGUAUACUGAUAUAAUGGAUCGUAAGAGUUUACAGUGUAUUUGUUGGGAUGAAGUCAACCUUUCUAAAGGAAAAAUUGCAAUACCAUUUAGACCUGAUUAAAUAAUAAAUUUGUAGGAGUGGUCA